GGCGUCGGACUGGAGCCCAUCGGCGGUGCGAGCUGCCCGGGGCGCAGUCGUGAGCUCGCCCGCCGCGCCCCCACCGCUGAGCUACACCGUGCCGUGCCCAGCUCUGCCCGCGCCCCCGCGGCGAGCGCGCCGGGGCUGCCCCCCGAAUGACGGGCGGAAGGUUCGACUUCGACGAUGGCGGCACCUACUGCGGCGGCUGGGAGGAGGGCAAGGCGCACGGGCAUGGCAUCUGCACGGGGCCCAAGGGCCAGGGCGAGUACUCUGGCUCCUGGUCGCACGGCUUCGAGGUGGUCGGAGGCUACACCUGGCCCAGCGGCAACACCUACCAGGGCUACUGGGCGCAGGGCAAGCGGCACGGGCUGGGGGUGGAGACGAAGGGCAAGUGGAUGUACCGGGGGGAGUGGUCACACGGUUUCAAGGGGCGCUACGGGGUCCGGCAGAGCGUGUGCACGCCCGCCCGCUACGAGGGGACCUGGAGUAACGGGCUGCAGGACGGGUACGGCGUGGAGACCUACGGGGACGGAGGUACCUACCAGGGCCAGUGGGCUGGAGGCAUGCGGCAUGGCUACGGCGUGCGCCAGAGCGUGCCAUAUGGCAUGGCCACGGUGAUCCGCUCCCCGCUACGUACUUCACUGGCCUCGCUGCGCAGCGAGCAGAGCAAUGGUAGCGUGCUACACGAUGCUGCCGCAGCCGCUGCAGACAACCCGGCUGGCACCAGAGGUGGCUUCGUGCUCAACUUCCACGCAGACACGGAGCUGGGCAAAAAGAAGGGUGGCCUCUUCCGACGGGGCUCCCUGCUUGGCAGCAUGAAACUCCGCAAGUCCGAAUCCAAGUCUUCCAUCUCCAGCAAGCGCAGCUCGGUCCGCAGCGAUGCAGCCAUGAGCCGAAUCAGUUCCAGUGACGCCAACUCCACCAUCAGCUUCGGUGACGUCGACUGUGAUUUCUGCGCUCUGGAAGAUCACGUGGACGCCACCACCACGGAAACCUACAUGGGCGAGUGGAAGAGCGACAAGCGGAAUGGCUUCGGCAUCAGCGAGCGCUCCAAUGGCAUGAAGUACGAAGGCGAGUGGGCCAAUAACAAGAGGCAUGGGUACGGCUGCACCGUCUUUCCCGAUGGCUCCAAGGAAGAGGGAAAAUACAAAAAUAAUAUCCUAGUCCGUGGAAUAAGGAAGCAGCUUAUACCAAUAAGAAACACAAAAACUAGGGAGAAGGUGGAUAGAGCGAUUGAAGGCGCACAGAGGGCUGCCGCCUUGGCCAGAACCAAAGUGGAAAUAGCUAACUCAAGGACUGCACACGCCAGAGCGAAAGCUGACGCUGCUGACCAGGCUGCACUGGCUGCCCGCCAGGAGUGCGAUAUCGCAAGAGCCGUGGCCCGAGAACUGUCGCCUGAUUUCUACCAACCAGGCCCUGAUUAUAUCAAGCAAAGAUUUCAGGAAGGGGUAGAUGUUAAAGAAAAUCCAGAAGAAAAGGCACCAGAAAAGCCACCAUCGCCAAAGGAAUCCCCACAUUUUUAUCGCAAAGGCACGACACCCCCCAGGUCUCCUGAGGCAAGUCCCAAACAGAGCCACUCCCCACAACCUCCCUCCCCGAAGCCCACGAAGAAACAAAACCCCGGCUCAGGGGCAAGACUCAGUCAAGAUAAACGGAGCGUGACUGAGGAGCAGGUGACAGCCAUUGUCAAUAAGCCCUUGACGUCAAAGGCUCCUUCCAAGGAACUCGGAGCAACAGUGUCCAAGUACUCUGGCCGCCACCAUGUUCCCAACCCCAGCAACGGGGAGCUGCACUCUCAGUAUCACGGCUACUAUGUGAAACUGAACACGCCCCAGCAUCCUCCAGAAGAUGGGGAGGAUGACCUCCAUGGAGCCAACCAGCCUUCCUCAGCACUGGUAUACAGGCCCUCGCCCAACAAGUGGAGUUCCCCUAGAUCUGUGACAAAAUCAGCUGCCAAAGAAAGCAGAGCUGAGCCAAAAGCCAAGAAGUCUGAACUUGCUAUACCAAAGAAUCCUGCAAGCAGUGAUCCCUGCCCUCCUUCGGAAAAAGAAGCCAAUUCAGGCCCUAAUUCCGUCAUGAUUGUCCUGGUCAUGCUGUUGAACAUCGGGUUGGCCAUUCUUUUUGUUCACUUUCUGACUUGAUUGGAAUUAGGAAAGCCCUAUCCGGUGAAGUUCUUGGCAUUGGCUGCUCCAUCUGUCCUAGCAGAGUGCGACUAAACUGGAAACGUAUGGACCGGCAACUUUUUUUUUUCUUCUUCUUGAUGGAAGUCAACAGCUGCCUUACUAUUUUACCAUCUGACGUUUUUAGUAGGGAGCUGGGGAGAGAAGACUGGCCAAGGAAUGCGGGCCGAGGAUUGUGUUGCGGUGGGCGCGGUUCCAACAUUCACUGCUAUCUCAUUAGAAGAAGUAGGCGGUGGUAGCGUCACUCAGCGGUCUUCUGCAGUGACCUGCUGCUUUUAACGUCUCCUGGAAUGUUCUGGGGGGGAAAGUUACAUUUGCUUGUGCACGACUCUGCUCAUGUUUGCCGUUUAUUUAAAUAGGAUGUAUAAGUCAUCUUCCACCUGCAGUCCUGGCCGGACGAAAACACACAGGUUGCAUCUCAAGGAAAAGUAACAAAAAAAAAAAAAAAAAAAAAAAAAUAGCGCUGUUUAUUUUGAUAGCAAUACGUCAUCUUUGUGUUGUUUAUUCUUUCUACGCCA